AUGUAUUAUCGCCCGGGCUACGUGGUGGUGAUGGUUGGCGCGGUUUUGACAACGCUGUCAACCAUCAUCGUGGGUCUCCGAUACUACUGCCGGUAUUUUCUCAUGGGAUCUCUCAGCGCGAGUGACCACCUCAUGUUCACAGCUCUCGUGAUGGCUUGGGCCACGUUUGUCGUAAACUAUUACCAAGAUUUGACAAGUAGCAAUACUCGGCCUUCAUACCUUAAGGAUCCUGUGAAGCGAUUGGAGAUUGAGCCUGCCGUGCGAGGCGUGCUCAUCACAUGGUGGGUCUACCGAUGGAUAUAUGUCAUAUCGCUGGGCUUCGUCAAGCUUAGUAUCCUCUUCUUCUAUUAUUCCAUCGCCGCAAACCGUACAUUUCGCCAUCUGGUAUACGUCAUGAUUGGGUUCGUGUCCAUGUACACAUUCUCCGCCACGAUAGCCGCAAUCUUCCAGUGUCAAAAGCCUUCGAGUGCAUGGUCGACGACCAAUUACUUUGCACAGUUCGACCCCACGAUCAAGCGAGAGCCUGCCAAAUGCUGGGAUCCGGUUCCGUUGUGGGUCUUCUCAUCGGCGGCCAACCUGCUGAGCGACAUCAUCCUCCUCAUGCUGCCCCUGCCGACACUCCUCAGUCUUCGUAUACCGCUAGGGAAGCGGCUAGCACUCAUUGGCAUAUUCUCGGUCGGUGUCAUGGCGAUUGCGGCGUCGUCGGUACGCAUGUGGGUCAUGUACUUGUGGGCUGAAUCUCCGUACAACUCUGCGCGAUACGGCACCGAUUUGCUAUUGUGGGGCCAGGUCGAGACGAACAGUGGCAUCAUAUCCGCGUCUGUACCCUUUCUCCGCCUCCUUUUUCGCAACAAGGAGAAGAGAGAGGAGCAACAGCAGCAGGGGGUUACGCCACAGAAGGUGUAUGUAACGCCGCCAACAGACCCUCCCAAGGCUCCAUCCGUCGAGCCCUACAGCCCGGAAAAUCCGCCCGACAUCGAGAUGUGGCCGCUGCAGGAUGAGAAGGCCAUGGACAUGGAGGAUUCGGUCCGCUUCAUCACGAUCCACGAAAGAUCCACGGUAGCGAGAGAAUCGAACUGGGGUCCAUUUGUCACGAUACCAGAAAGUCUUAGCUCGGACGGCAAAGACAGCCCGCAGCUGGGACGCGCACAACACCCUUAUCAUGGGGUGUGA